CGGAAUGUGUGAUUUGAAAGUGAAUUAAAACCGUUGAAAUAGUGUGAGAUAACCUCAAAAAAUGAAGAAAGAGAAAUUUUCAAAGGAACUUCGAAAUUGUUAUAUUUCGAGUUCAGAUGACUUGGUAGUGCAAAAGAAAGGAGGUGGAAGUAUUAUUGACUUUCGACCACUAUUUUCCGCUGAUGGAGAAAUUUUGUUCAUAAUAUGGAAACAAACGAUUAGAGCAUACAGUGCUCAAACCGGCGAUUUUGUCCGAGAAUUUGAGCCAGCUGAAGGCAGAAUAACUGGAAUUGCCUUGCAUCCAGAUAUUUCUGACACAAUUAUUGGCUGCAUUAACACUGGACAAUUAACUUUUUGGAAUUGUUACAGUGGGCUUGUCACCUCGAGCUUGAAUUUGGAUAUCAAAUACAAUAACAAGAAGGAAUUAAAAAUGAAGUUCUUUCACAUUCUAAAGUACAAAAAUACAAAAGGAAAACCGGUUCAGCACGCUCUUAUUAGUUACACGCUCGGGCAAUCCGGAAACAUUUAUUUAGCUGUCUACCAUUUAACGCAUGGGACUUGUAUUAUGUCAAAAGAAAUCAAAGGAAUGGCUAGUGUAUAUUAUAUUGACAUUGUUGGAAAUUAUGGAGACAAUCUGAUUGCUGUAGGACAAGAAAUCACAGUUUUCAGACUAGAUCCAGCGAAGAAUUUAUCUAUGAAAGUGCAUAGAAUUAGUAGAAGAAUUACGUGUGUCGCUGGCCAUCCGGAUGACCAAUGUGUUGCCGUGGGCGAUUCGAGUGGUCGAGUUGUUUUAUACAAAAAUUUGAGCCAGAGACCAGUUGAGACAGUAUAUCACUGGCACACUUUACCAGUUACUAUUAUAGCUUUUAGUAAAUCAGGUGGUCACAUGUACACAGGAGGCGGAGAAUGUGUUUUAGUAAAAUGGACUCUUUCCAAUCCGCAAAAUAAAGCCUUUUUACCACGUUUGCCAGCGCCCAUCAAACACAUUACUAUUGCCCCAGAAAACAUUUACAUUGCUGUUUCUACUCUGGAUAAUGGUAUUUCGGUUGUAAAUCCUCAACUAAAAUUUACAUCCGUGAUCCAAAAAUUUACCUGGGGAGUUGUAAGUUCUGAUAAAAAUUUGUUUCCGGCUGGUUUAAUUGUGGAUCCUCGAACUGGCAGUCUUGUAUUGAACAGUCGAACCGGAUUUGUUCAAUUUUAUGACAUACCGACUAAAAGCCUUUUGUACAACGUGAAUAUAACGUCGCAAAAUUUAAUAUCGCAAGAACGAAAUGCAGUGAUUGUAAAUACCGAGGUCACAAAAAUUGCUCUAAAUUACGAUGGAACUUGGAUGGCAACAGUCGAAGAACGAGAAGAUGAGGUCUCGUUUAAAGAAGUCAGGUUAAAAUUCUGGAACUUCGAUACGAAAAAUCAGAUUUUCGUAUUAAAUACGUCGAUAGAAUUUCCCCACGAAAAUGGAAUUAACGCUCUCAAGUUCCAGCCUAAUACUUCUUUAACUGGUUACAAUCAUUUUGCUGUAACUUCCGGAAAGGAUAAGAAAUUCAAAUUGUGGAAUCUGGUCGAUCCAGAAUCUUCGUACAAACAAACUAAACACUGGCAGUGUUACAGCGUCGGUUUUUAUCGCCAACUUCCUUCGACUGACGCAGUUUUUUCCAUUGACGGAUCCUUACUAGGCGUUGGUUUUGGUUCGAAUUUGACCUUGUGGGCUCCGGAAUCCAUGAAAUUAAAAUGCAGCCUUUCCUACAUUCUUUAUCCUCAAACGAUAACUCACGUCGAAUUUGGCAAACAGGAUUUGUGUCAUUUGGUUGUGACUGGAUCAAAAGAACAUAUAGCAGUCUGGGAUAUUUUAACGCUUCGUAUUACCUGGAGCGUUCCCUUAAAACUCUCUACACUUACGGCAGAUCCUAAUUCAACAUUCAUGGCCGCUUUUACUAAUAACAAUUCGUUGUUUGUCUUUACGCCAGAAAAUCCAACAUAUAUUUACACAAGGUCCAAUGUCGUAGAAAAAGACAGUUGCAUAUUAGGCGCAACUUUUAUUCCAUUUGCCCAAGAAAAAAAGACAUCGAAAUCGAACAGGUGGCAGAGAAAGUCGCAACUCUUCUUCUUGGAUUCGAACCAGGAACUUUUGACUCUAGAAUCGCCAGCAGACUCUGAAAUAUCUCUAGAAAGUUUAUCAGUGAACAAAAAUAUACCAGCAACAGCUUUCGCACGUACUUUAGCAGCAGAAACAGCUUCCAGCAAGGAAAAACUGGAAUCUUUCAUUCACAAACAGAACACAUUCUCGAAAAAAGAUUACGUUGAAGAGAAAUUCGAGAAAUUGAAUUGA